UUGUGUUUAAGUACGUAAAUUUCUUGUAUAGUUUUCUAAAUUAUCGUAAAUUGCAUAAAGUUUUGAGAUUACUCAAGUUAUCAUUACGUUUUAUCCAUAAUGCCAAACAUGAAAAACAGAAAAUGUGACGAGGAUGAAUCGUUAGCCUCGAACUCACAGUCAAACAAUAUUUCUAGUGAACAUAAUUCAGUUGAUCCGAAAACUGACCAUUCUAAUGGAAAAAGAAAAGUAAACAAUGACGAUGAAACUACAACAUUAAAUUCACCGCCGAAGAAGUUAGCAACUGGAAAGUGUAUAAUUGAUACAAGUGCUGGCCAGUCUAGUUCUAAAAGAAAAAUUAGCGACGAUUACAAUGAAUAUCAGAGAGCUAAAAAAAACCCAUGUUGGGAUCAUCAAAGUAACGUUAAUUCAACAACUUUUAGUUCAGUUGUGAGCAAUUCGCAAGAAGAUUAUUGUCAAGUUGAAGAAAACGGGUACAUUAAUUUUUCUGGACAAAACCCGAUUAUUUUGGAUACCUUCAGUUUAGUUAAUAAUGAAGAAAUAUUUCACGACGAGAUCAUAUACAAUAGAAUAAAUAUGAACUCCGAAGAAAAUUCCACUUCAUCAUGUACAGAAGAAAAAUGCCAUGAAUCGGAGUCCAAUAUGUUGGAAAUAUACUGUGAUGGUCAAGUUGAAGAGAACGAUCAUGUUCCUGAACGUAUUCCAGUCGUUAUGCGUAGCUUUUCUUUGGAUGAUGAUAAUGAACAUACUUAUGAAGCCUUUCAUAAGAUAUCUAACACGAACUCCGAAGAAUUUUCCUCUUCGUUGUUGUCAGAAGAAAAUGGUUACGAUUCAUCUGACUUGUACGAUAAACAAGAAUAUCAAAUUGAUGACCACAUUUAUUUAGAAAGAAACAGCUCAAUUGAUGUCAUUCAUCAACAACUUCCUGUCAUUUUGAAUACCUUGGAUGAGCAUGACAAUGUUGAAAACAUUGAUGACAGUUUUUCUGAAGAAGAUGACAUAAUGAGUUAUCAAAUGGACUUCGAUGAUGUCGUUGAAGAUGAUGAUUAUGUCGAGAAUGAUCAUGAAUAUUUUGAUUCCGGAUAUGACUCUUAAUUGAUUUGACAUGAAUGGUUCUUAAUGAUUCUGACAAUACGGAAAUUAAUAUUCCCAUUCAACCGUUUGAAAAUUAUGUAUCACAGAUGUUGGUCAAUGAUGAUUGGAAUAUAAGCAGUUUAGAUUCGGAAAAAUCUGACAAUGACUUCAGCAGAAUUUCACAUACUGAAAAUCUCAUAAACGUUGAAAAUGAUAAUAUUAUGGUUAUUGAUGAAUUCAAUGAGCCAAUUAUUGAAGAUUAUUUAAAGUCGUAUAACUUAAAUAUUUUAAAUACGAUGGCAAAUAUUUUUGAAUUUUUAUUUUAAAUGUUUAUUUAUAAAGUACUUUCAUUAAUACAU